AUGUUGCGACUUGUUCCUUCGUCAUCUUUAUGUUCUGAUCAGGCAGUAAAUUCAUCAUCAUCAUCAUCUGCUGCUGCUGAUCAACAACUAGUAACUCUUGUUGACUUACCAACACUGAAGGAAAUGUGCGAUCUUCAUCCAACUUAUGUUUCUCCGGUGAUGAAUGAUGAAAAAUUAAAAUUUAUUCAUAAUUUGAUGAUGAUGGUGAUCCGUGUGAUUGUGAAGGAUGGUGAUGAGAUUGUAAAGAGAUUUAUGGGUAUAAAUGUUUUGGAGAAUAUUCCAGAGUUGGUAAAGAAUGAAAAGAAUGAAUUACAAAUUGAUGCCGAUAAGUGGAAUGAGCUGAGAGAGCUGACUUUGGAUAAUUUUGCCUUUUUCAGAUAUUCCAGAGGGUUUGAAUGGAAAUUGGAUGAAGCUACUCGAUUGAUUGUGAAAAUGGUUAAUUGGAGAGCUGUUUAUAAACCAGAGGAGAUUAGAAUGGAAGAAUUUACUAACACAACAUGUACUUCUAAUAUGAUGAUUGAUCAAGGUAUUUGUCAAAAUGAUAUGCCUAUUUUCUAUAUGUGGACAAACAAGGAUUUGUUGGAUAAUUCCGAGGAAAACAAACAGCUCAAGUUCCGUCAUUUGGUUUACUUGCAUGAAAGAAAUUUCAGAAGAAGAGAAUUUAAAGGAACAGCAUUCCAAAUGAAUUGGAUUGUUGAUGUUUCUGCAAUUUCAUUGUCCUUGGUUAAAAGAAUGGUAAGUGUUAGCUAG